AUGGCUCCCAAAGCUACCACUGCUAAGGCCACCGGCACCGUUAAGAAGGCCUCUGCUCCUGAGCACCCUCCUUACAAGGAAAUGAUCAAGGAGUCUAUCCGCGCUCUCAAAGAACGCAAUGGUUCCAGGUUGGUUCACCCAAUUCUCCACGGAUACAUGUUGCCAUACGGGCGCGCAUAUUUUUCGCACUACCUCGUCCGUCCGGCGCUCAAGAAAUACAUCCAAGCGAACUACAAGGGUGUAGGGACCGACAGGUUCGAUCAGCUCUUCAACCAGGCUCUUAAGAAGGGUGCCGCCGACGGCGAAUUCACCUUCCCCAAGGGUCCUUCUGGAACCGUGAAGCUUCAGAAGAAGGAGCCCGCUACCAAGUCCAAGGUUGCUACCGGCGAGAAGGCCACUACUAAGAAGGCCACCGCUGAGAAGGCCACCAAGAAGACCCCCACCACCAAGAAGGCCACCACCACCACCAAGAAGACUACUACCACUAAGCCCAAGGCCGAGAAAGUCGAGAAGACUGCUCCUGCCCCCAAGGAGAAAAAGACCACUGCCACCGCGGCUAAGCCUAAGUCUAACGCCAAGAAGCCUCGCAAGACCGCUGAGAAGGCUGAGAAGGCUGCCCCCGCUGUCGUCGAGAAGACAACUGUCUUGACCAAGACCAAGUCUGGACGUGUGUCUAAGGGAUCUACUGCUGCCCCCAAGACUGCCCCCAAGAAGAAGACCGCCGCUCCCAAGAAGAAGGCUGCCCCCAAGAAGAAGGAGACCGCCGCCGCCCCCGCUGCCGAGGCUUAA